ACAGCUUCUCGCUGGGGCUGGACCGGGACGGGGAGCGAACGGACGGUUUUUCUGUGGGAGCGAAACGCGCGUCCAGGGCUUUAUUCCCUAUUUCGACUCCCAUUUCCCCCUUUUUCUUUCUCGCAUCUCUCUGUGUCUGGGAUGAGGAGGUGAUCAGCACAAGCUCGAGUGAUCAACAAGUGUGGAGGUUGUUGGAUAGAGUUUUGACAGGAGAACAGGAAGAUGUUCGGGUUAGAGGUCAUCACGCUGUGCUUCCUUUUUGGAGCCUUGACUUACGGCCAGUCACCAGCAGAGUGCGCCAGGAAGAAUGACUGUCCCAUAGAUGUGUACUUCACCAUAGACACAUCUGAGACUGUCGCCCUGCAGGAGCCGCCCCCUGGAGCACUCGUGAAUAGUAUCAAGACGUUCAGUCAGGAGUUUGCACAACGUUUAGAGGAUAUUGAAUUCAGAGGCACCGUGCAGUUCAGGUGGAACAUUGGUGGACUGCACUUCUCACAGGAACAGGAAGAGUUUGCUCGCAUAGGAUCAAAGGAUGCCUUCAUUAAAGGAGUCGGCGGUAUCAGUUACAUGGGCAAGGGCACCUACACUGACUGUGCCAUCACCAAAAUGACCUCAAAUAUGCUGAGAUCGACCACAUCCCCAAAACCCAUCCGUUUUGCCGUGGUCAUCACUGACGGCCAUGUGACUGGAGAACCAUGCUUGGGUAUCAAGGUGGCAGCAGAGAAGGCGCGUGACGAGAAGAUCAAGAUAUUCGUUGUGGCAGCAUCCAAAAAUGUGGAGGAGAUAGGGCUGAGGGAGAUCGCUAAUACUCCAGCAGCGGUCUAUAGAAGGGACUUCAUGGCUGUUGAUCUGAGCAAGGGUCGAGCCGACAUCCAGUACGACACCAUCGACCGCAUUGUCAAGACCAUGCAACAUUUGGCAUAUGUAGAGUGUCACAAUGUGACCUGUCUGGAGACACCAGGGCCUCCUGGUCCAAGAGGCCACAGGGGACAAAAAGGAGCUAAAGGAGAUAACGGUGACCCAGGUCUAAAAGGAGAAAAAGGUCGCCCAGGAGAUCCUGGUAUUGAGGGUCCUAUCGGUCAGCCUGGUAUCAAAGGAGAACCCGGUCUUAAAGGCGAGAAGGGAGAGCUCGGCACUCUGGGAAAGAAGGGCGUGGCCGGACUCUCAGGACGCAACGGUACUGAUGGGCAGAAGGGCAAAAUUGGACGGAUUGGUGCACCGGGUUGCAAAGGAGACCCAGGCGAGAGAGGUCCUGAUGGUCACCCUGGAGAUGUUGGUGAAGGUGGUCUGCCUGGAGCUACUGGAGACAAGGGAGAUUCCGGUCGCCAAGGAAGACCUGGCCCCCCUGGGCUGCCUGGAGACCCAGGGCCAAAGGGAGAAAAUGGAAGUCCGGGUUCACCUGGAAAUCCAGGACAAAAAGGAAAAGCUGGAACUGCAGGAGCUCCAGGAGGCCCAGGAGGGAGAGGAAGAACAGGAGAUGAUGGUCAAAAGGGAGGACCAGGUCCAGAUGGAGCCAAAGGAGAAAAGGGUGAAGCGGGUCCAGAGGGCAUGAGAGGACUUACAGGUGAACAAGGACCAAAAGGAUCAAAGGGUGACAUUGGGUUGCCAGGCCCCAGGGGGCCACCAGGAGUACAAGGAGAAGCUGGAAAGAACGGUACACAAGGUGACCCUGGUGAUCCUGGACCAAGAGGAGAUCCAGGAGAUGCUGGACCAAAGGGUGACAGUGGAAGGCCAGGCUUCAGCUAUCCUGGACCAAGAGGCUCAUCGGGCGAGAGGGGAGAAAAGGGCAACCGUGGUGCCCGUGGUAGCAGAGGUGACUGUGGACAAAAGGGUGAACCUGGAGAAAAAGGGCCUGGAGGAGAACCUGGUGAUCCUGGUCCUCAGGGAGAACCUGGAAAAAGAGGACCAAAAGGGGAGGUUGGGCGUGAAGGAGAUCCUGGCCCUGAGGGAGAUCCUGGUCUCACUGAAUGCAAUGUGAUGAAUUACAUCAGGGAGACCUGUGGCUGCUGUGACUGUGAAAAACGAUGUGGCGCUCUGGACAUCGUGUUUGUGAUUGACAGCUCAGAGUCAGUGGGUCUAACCAAUUUCACCCUAGAGAAGAACUUUGUCAUCAACACCAUCAACAGACUUGGAUCUAUGGCCAAAGACCCCAAAUCAGAAACAGGUACAAGAGUUGGAGUUGUUCAGUACAGUCACAAUGGAACCUUCCAGGCCAUCCGGCUUAACGACCCCAAGAUUGAUUCGCUCUCUGCUUUCAAGGAUGCAGUGAAGCGUUUGGAAUGGAUUGCUGGAGGAACAUGGACUCCAUCAGCCUUAAAAUUUGCCUACGACCACCUGAUCAGAGACAGCCGUAGAGAAAAAGCCAAAGUCACAGUUGUUGUCAUCACCGAUGGACGCUUUGACCCCCGAGAUGACGACAAGCUGCUCAAUUACCUCUGCAGGGAUGAUGCCAGCGUUGACGUGAGUGCCAUUGGUAUUGGGGACAUGUUCGACCAGAUUGAGGAGAAUGAGAGUCUCAAGAGCAUCGCCUGUGACAAGGAAGGGAAGGUGCUGGGCAUGAGGCGCUUUGCAGACCUGGUGGCUGAGGAAUUCAUUGACAAGAUAGAGACUGUGCUCUGUCCAGAUCCUGUGGUUGUGUGCCCUGAUCUCCCUUGUGAAACAGGAGGGCGCAUCACUUCUGGUCAAGCCCCUCCCCAUUGGAAACCACUAGCUGAAGAAAGCAACCCUGGAUUGGUCCCCACCACUUUGGAUGGUGUGGCCAAUCUACUGAAUGGCCUGAAUGAGCAGCAGUAUGGGAUUGGCGUGGCAACCAUGGCAUACACAGCCCAGAGAGCCAAACUUGCCCAGGGAGAGGACAGGCAGCAAUGGACCCAGCUAUUCAUCGACUCCUUCAAAUACGUCUACGGAGACAUUAUGGGAGACCCAGAAAAAGCCUUAAAAAUCUGUUAAUGUUGUAAUGCUAAUCAUACCACCUCACCAGUAUGCCUAGCAGGCAUGGGGAUGUUGUAUCAGUGUAGUUUUUUGGUUAUAUUAAGUUUUGAUGUCAAGCAACAUGAUAUUAAUGUUGCCCCAACGCCAUUUCCUAGUGUAACAACAUCAGAAUAUGAUAUUGCUAAAAUAUCAAAAUAAGGUUAGGUUCCUCGCCUGUGUUUUGAUGUCUUUUGUCAAAAACCCAUACAAAGUAUAUUUAUUUAUUCACACAAAACAUCAGAUUUGUUAGUUGCUGCUUUUCAAAUUUAUUAUAAUAAGCUGAAUAUUAUUUUGAAUAUCUAUGGUGAACAUCUGUGUUGAACCAAUGAUAGGAUUUCUACGUUCAUCCAAUUUUCAAAUCCAACUUAUUUCCUACAUUUACUGAACAUCAGACUUCAAAACUGAUCAACGUUCAAUCAAUGUCAUUUUGCCCGCUGGGUAUUUCUGAGGAUGCCAAUAAUAAGCUUACUGCUGCAACUAGAAAAAGUUUUGUGAAAAUUGGGGCAUUAUUUUCUCAAAAUUGACUGUAGGUUUUAACUGUUGCAAUAUAACUGGAUGACAUAAGGCACACAUCAAUGGAACGUAAUUACACCAGUGUACGAAAAAAAAAUCAAUACAGGUAAGUAUCGUGAGGUUUUUUAAAUCCAUGAUAGUGUAUCAGUCUUCCGGCUCUCAUAUCAAUACAUUAAAUGGAUUUAAAACGUCAUUAAAUUUCCCACAAAUCCCUGUGAUCACUACAACCUCCACUCCUGGAAAGAUCACUAUAGAGCUAGGAGGCUGAUUGAGCAACUGUCAAUGUACAGCAGCAGACUGCAAAGUAAGUAAUGUAAAGCUAAAGUUAGCUAAGUUAGUGUCUUCUUCUUGUAACUUCAAUGGCAGUUGGCAAACCUGUCGCUGCAUUAUCAUCGCCAACUGGACAGACGUGUGUCACACCGAACUGACAAAGCAGUAUAGCAUCAAAAUAUACUUAAAGUACCAAAUGUAAAAUUUCUCAUUAUGUAUAAUGGCACAUUUUAGAAUAUUAGAUACAGUAUUAUGCUAUUGAAUUUGAAUUAUUGCACUUUAUCAUCGUGUGAUUUUAUGUUAUUUUUAACAUCAGUGUGUUCAGUAAUGUGCAAUUUAAAAGCCAUUCUUAUAAUUUGGAAUGGAAAUUUAAGAUGAAAUAUUGAAUGAGUCGGCUGCAUUGUCAAUAUAAUGUGGUGUAAAUAUUAGACUACCCAGGUGAGAACAAUUUCUGUUCUCAGCUCUUUUUAAAACAAAAAAUUGCAGUAAAUCAUGUAUUGCAAUGUUUCACAAUGCAGCUGUAUUGUGGCCUGUGUGCUGUGAUGCAUAUUGUAUCAUGAGCCCAACUCAAAAAUAACAAAAAAGAGAACUCAUGAUGGUCGCUGUUGGAGAUACUUUGACAUAUACCGCUGUUUCUCAGGAAACUACUGUUAGUAAUAUGAUACAUAUCAGGUCUUCCAACUUAGUGGAAGAACACUUUUGGUUAUGGAAAGUUAUCCGUUUGUUGGAGGCAUCUGUAGACCCAUUCAUGCUGUCCUGUGUACUGUGGCUCUUUGAUGAAGCCUCAUUUCCACUGUGAAUCACCAGCUUACUGAAUUACUUAAAUUUCCAGUUUUUGUUUUGCACACACCCAUGGUGACAACCGCUACACGAACGGUGUUCUGUGAAUGAGUCAUGUUGGUCCUAUAAGGCUUUUCCAUUGAUGGUUGGCUUGAAGAACCUUUAAAGAAAUGCUGUGGUGCCAUAUAAGCUUUGUGACUGCUUUUUUAUUUUUAUUUUUUUUGCAAAUGUGAACUGACUUGAUAUCUAUGAACUGGAGUAAAUUCAUAUGUUCAUGUUGUCAUCUCAACAGAAUAAAGCGGUACAGCAAAAUAAAACUGUGCAUUCCUGACAAACGUUACAUGAAGCCAAACAUCUGUGCUGCAGCUUGCAUGCACAUUUAAUCUUAAAUUAAAUCUAAAUUCCGUUU